AUGGAAAAAGAGAACAAGCGUCGUCGGAUUGAAAGGCGAGCCUCUCGUACAUCCCAAAAGGGUGCUCCAGAUCAUCUGAAGUUUGUGUCUCAACCUUCGGGCUCACCCUACGAUACCGCUGGUAAAGAAGCCGGCUACAAUUAUUUUGACAGCGCCGGGGAGGGUACUAGGGUGUAUAUUGUGGACAGUGGUCUUGCUCAAGACCACGAGGAGUUUAAUGAAGUCCAAGGUGAUAUCGGAUGGAUCUACGGUAGGCCGGAUUCUCAGGCGGCCGAAAACGACUUUGAUGACAAACGUGCCCACGGGACAUGCAUGGCAUCGUGUGCCGUUGGGCGCAAGGAUGGAGUGGCAAAGAAAGCUAGUCUCACAGCCGUCCGGGUGUACAGGGAGGAUGAUUUGGCCUUCGAGCGGCUGAUCGAUGCCCUUGCUCAGGUCUAUGAUGACAUCAUAAAGAGAAAUUUGCAAGGCAAGGCAGUGAUCAGCAUGUCCAUUGGACAAUUCUCAAUCACAACAGACGCGUACAAGGAUUACAUGGCGGCCGUCGAGGAUGCAAUGGCUGCGUUGACAAACGGCGUCAUUGAUGGUUUGGAUGGCGCAGUUGUCGUUGCGGCUGGGCAAGAUAACACCCUCGCUCCCGAUAACCAGCCUGCUCAACUACCUGCGACUUUAGUGGAACAGAAAUGUCCCAAAAUGAUUAUCGUAGGGGGUGUUGAUCUGACAGGAGCAGUUGCCGACGGAACCUUGGAGUACAAAGCCGGAACCACCAUAGACACUAUGAUUUGGGGACCAGCAGAAGAUGUUCAGUGUGCUAUACAAAAUGGAUAUGCUGAUGAUGUUAGCGGCACAUCCCCGGCUACUGCAAUGACAGCUGGUCUUAUCGCAUAUUUUAUGGGUGAAGGAAACACUGGUUCAGAGGCCCGAGAGCUGAUUUUUGAACAUGCAUAUGUGCGAACUCCUAAAUCGGAAAGAACCAAAAGAGGCAUGCGAAACGCAAUCAGUAAUGGUGUCGAGUGUUCAUGA